AUGCUUGCAUCAAGAAGAGAGAAGAAGCAUUCUCCAAGGAGAUACGAUAGUGACGAAGCUUCGCUUACGGGCUCCGAGCUCAACAACUGCGCUUCACGCAAAUCAUCCUCAGUGUUACUAUCACGUUUAUUGCCCGGGAAUUUCGAUGGAGAAGGUCGUAAUGCAGGACGUGCUAAGGUCAGGCUGACCAUCCUGUUCUACGUGACACUCCUUCGGAUCUCUUAUGCUCUCAACUGCCCGGGGACCCUCAAUGCAUGUCUUUGCGAAAACUUGUCCGAGGCAGGCGACAAACUCAAGCUUGACUGCAGCGGGGUUUCAGUGGAAGACGCGAAAUCCGUGCUACAAGAGAUAAGCGAAGAUGAGAACGUGACUUGGGACUUUCUGGCCACGAACUGCUCGUGGACAGAACUGCCCGACGGGUUUUUCGGAAAUCACAGGAUAGAACGAAUUGAUAUUUACGAGUGUGGACUCGAGAAGAUAUCCGAGGCUGCAUUGAGGUCUACGUCACAGUAUCUCAGGGACAUCCGCUUCAUGAGCAAUAACUUGGUCAGCUUCCCAUUCGAACUGGAGAUGCCCAACUUGGAUACGCUCAUCUUGUAUGACAACAAGUUCGACAGAUUCCCGAGACUGCAGUAUCCGAAUUUACGGCUUCUUUUCCUCGGGGGGAACUUGUUUGAAGAGCUUCCAGAGGACGCAUUCAGGUCGGUACCCCAGUUGCAAGAUUUGUACCUAGGAGGAAACGUUCUGAGAACAAUGCCGGCCAGCGCGUUGGCGACGCUGAAGCACCUUCGCAUACUCGCUUGCGAAUCAGGCUACAUGCGAAACCUCGUAGCGGGUUCUCUCGAGUUCGCCGAGGAGGCACAAGUUGAUUAUUUGAUACUGCACUACAACGAAAUCACGGAGAUCGACGUCAACGCCUUGACACCAGGGCGGUUUCCGAAGGAGAAAUUCCUGCUGAACAACAACAAUCUGACGGUACUUCCACAAAACCUCUUCAAGCCUAUGCUGCAGUCCUUCAUAACGGCCGGAAAAGGCUCGUUAUCAGUUGCAGAAAAUCCCUUGCAUUGUUGCGCCCACUUAUGGCUCUUCAGAGAUAGACGAUACUUCCGAUGGUUCGAAGACCUGACUUCAACGACGUGCACCAUCGGCGACGAGACGAUUCAAUUCACAGAAGUAAAGUAUCGCAAGCUAAGAGCGGAUUGCGCACGUCUACGUCGGUCAAAUCCAAGGGCACGUGGUUCCUCUUCCAACCAAGAUAACGAUGACGACGCAGAAUAAAAAUCAUUGCACAAAGCGAAAAUAAAUACUCCUCGUUUCCUCUGGGCACUUCGCUUUUAUUUCCGCCGGAACUUCAACAACAGUGCCACCAUUCCAUCUUCACAUUGGAAAGUUCA